GUGCCUUACCCCACCGCAAUCUUUAUCAGCACGGUUGCUUCAUUUGUGACGUCACAAACGAUAGCGCGUGUAAACGUCGGCUACUCAAAAGUCCUGCAAAAUGUAUAUGUAGAGGCUUAAGCGGCUGCUUUGACUACUACUUCAUUUGAUCACUCGAAAUAUACUGGUCAAAACUGACGAUCAACUUGUCUCAAACUACUGAAAUGUCGUUCAUUACGAUUCACUUUGGAGACAACCAGAAAUUAUUUUUCAACCUCCUCUGUCCAACUGUCAUUUUAUAUAAAAACAUCAAACUGAGAUGCGGGUGCGAAAAACAAGCUGUUAUAGACAUCGCGGAUGAAAAUGGUUCUCUGAAAACCAUUUAUGAAAGACCACCGGAUCAAUAUGCGUCCCAAUAUCUUCAAGGGAGGGCAAACUUUGUGUUACUAAAAGUUUUAAAAAAGAUUGAUGCCAUCAGUGGAAAGGAAGUUUCUUCAUUUGAGCCACUUUUGAAUAAUGUGACAGAAGUGUAUCCUGAUUUGAUGGCUAAAGUGCACAAUUACAGAAUCAACCCAGAUGUAGGUCUUCCAAUUCAAAGCUUUAAUCAGAUUCCUCUCAUGAAAAGUUCCCAACAAGCAAGAUCCAAGUCUACUGCCAGAGGAUUAGGAGGACCAAGCAUAUCGCCAAGAUCUCCAGCAAGCCGUGCAGGAUCAGUUGGUGGUGUUGGGUUACCAAGUGUUACCAAAAUUAAGAGCUCUGUUAGGGUAUCAAAGUAGGCUUACUAAAUCAGCUUUAAACUGGGUUUUAUUAAGAUGAGAACAAAACCUAUUCCAAAGUUACAAAACUCUAUUUCAGAGGAUCUAAGAGUAAAAAUGCACAACUUAGGGCAUUGACAGCUUUUUCACCCAUGAGGAAAUUUGUUUCUUCAGAAUAGCAGUUUUAUACACCCUUUCUUCUUCAUUACAUUUCAAAAAAAGGGG